CAACUUUCAUACAACCAACGGCUCUGAUCACAUCACCUUCAACAACUCUUAUGGGAGGAUUUUCUGUGUUUAUAUUUUAAAGAGCAGUUAUAGGUGGUUGAGGCAUAAUCAGAUGCAGUCCCAUCCUGGAGAAACUUUCCAUGUGUUAAAAAUGGAAGGAGAUGACUGUACUGGUUCACGUUACACAGGUCAUUUGAAUAGCUCCCUUCAGGAACCAAUUGAAGUUUCUUCUUCCUCAAAUGAGGGUAACUCUGGUGAUGCAUGGGAUAUAGAUGACCAAUCAAUUGAAGAUUCCUCUAAACAGUUGGUUCUUUAUGACCCUUUGGCUAAUGAUGCUGGUGAAAUUGAACCUGUUCCUCAACCGAUCCUGUCCCACCAUCCAUUUAGAAAAUACUCAGACCUGAAUGUGCCUUCUAGAGUUUUGCCAUCUGUAGGAGCUUUUACUGUGCAAUGUGCCAAAUGUUUCAAGUGGAGGCUCAUCCCAACAAAACAGAAGUAUGAAGAAUUACGGGAACAUAUUCUGGAAGAGCCUUUUUUUUGUGAAACUGCUCGUGAGUGGCGGCCUGAUAUAUCAUGUGAUGAUCCAACAGACAUUGAUCAAGAUGGGAGUAGGCUGUGGGCAAUUGAUAAACCUAACAUUGCUCAGCCCCCUCCCGGGUGGCAAAGGUUGCUGAGAAUCAGGGGUGAAGGAAGUACCAAAUUUGCAGAUGUGUACUAUCAAGCACCGUCAGGCAAGAGACUUCGCUCAAUGGUGGAAAUCCAAAAGUACUUAAUUGAACAUCCCGAGUAUAUGAGAGAUGGCUUAACUCUCGCACAGUUUUCAUUUCAAAUACCAAAGCCUCUGCAGGAAAACUAUGUGAGAAAAAAGCGUCCUCGUUUAUCAGCUUCAUGUGAUGAUGCUAGACCUCUUGAACCUGGUGAGGCAAAUCCCCUUACAUGGGUUGGUCCAGGUGAUUGUACAGAACUCCAGCUCGGCCGGCCAGCAAUCCUACCUCCACCCUUGAUUCAGUCCUCUGCUUAUCUUCCUUUCUACUGGCCAGUAAAGAAGAAAGCAAGGACACCAUCGAAACGGAGUCACAGGACUAAUCCAGUGUGCAGUCUGGAUGAACCGAAAGUUGAAGAGCCUGAUCAAUCUAGAAAUAGUGAUUGUGAUUUGUGAGGCUUGCUCCUGAUCCUUUUGGAUGACUCAAUGUCACAGUUUGUGUCUUGCUUCCAUGUUUUUCCAUGCAAUGCUAUUUGUUUUUUACCACUAGGUUCUGAUGAACCUUUACUGAAAAAAGUGGUAAAAUGGGCGGGGGAGGAUGCAUACUUAGUUGGAAUGUAUCUUUGUUAUGGGGUGCCAAAAAAUCAUAAUGAAGGAAAUCUAAAUGCUUGGUUCUUUUUAUAUCC